CUAAGCAUCUGAAGAGAGCGCGUGCCAUGCCGCUUCGGGUGUCGCGCGAUAGAAAGCUGUAAAACCUGUGGCCAGGAGUUGACUGAGACGCGGUGAUGGGCUUUGCAAUGAGGCACCACUGGUUCAUGGUGCCACUGCUAAUGCAGGCAUGGUUCUCCGCCACCCCUUGCUUUGGUGAUCGUCCUUGCCCUCGGAGCUGCCGAUGUGAUGGCAAGAUCGUAUACUGUGAGUCUAGCGCAUUCCGUGAUGUUCCCAAGAACCUCUCUGGUGGCUGUCAGGGUCUGUCUCUACGAUAUAACAGCUUGGCAAGCCUAAAAGCAGGCCAAUUUGUUGGCCUCAACCAGCUCAUUUGGCUGUACCUGGACCACAACUACAUUGCCAAUGUGGAUGCUCGCGCCUUUCAAGGGAUACGGAGGCUCAAAGAGCUGAUAUUGAGCUCCAACAAGAUCACGCUGCUCCAUAACACCACAUUUCACCUGGUACCAAACUUGAGGAACCUGGACCUCUCUUAUAACAAGUUACAGGCUCUUCAGCCAGGCCAGUUCCAGGGACUGCGUAAGCUACUCAGCUUGCACAUGCGCUCUAACUCCCUGAAAAACCUUCCCUCACGCCUUUUUCAGGACUGCCGUAAUCUUGAGUUUCUUGACCUUGGCUACAAUCGUCUGCGCAGCAUCACCCGUAAUUCCAUGUCUGGCCUCUUGAAGCUAACUGAGCUGCAUAUCGAACAUAACCAGUUCUCCAAAAUCAACUUCUUCAACUUUCCACGCUUCUACAAUUUACGGUCUCUUUACCUACAGUGGAACCGCAUUCGGACCAUGAGUGAAGGCCUUACUUGGACCUGGUCAUCUUUGCAGAAGCUUGACCUUUCAGGAAAUGACCUGCAGGAGAUAGAUGCAGAGGUGUACCGGGCCAUGCCCAACCUGCAGAUGCUUAACCUGGAUUCAAACAAGCUUGUCAAUGUGUCUCAGGAGGCUGUAGACGCCUGGGCCUCUCUGACCACAAUUAGUCUGGCAGGAAACAUGUGGGACUGUGGACUAGUUGUGUGUCCCCUAGUAGCCUGGCUGAGAAACUUCCGUGGCAACAAGGAGAUUAAUAUGAUUUGUGCAUUGCCUAAAGAAGUUCAAGGUGAGAAGGUUAUGGAUGCUGUUGACGCCAAUGGAGUUUGCAGGAUUGCCCCUGUUACACCAUCAAGAGGAAUUGCUUCCUCUACCCCAUUCGUUGUCUUUGCCCAAACCCCUGCUAGCUCUUACAUCCCAACUAUCAAACCUGGAGACAGCAGAAGGGGCAAGGGUUCAUCUUUGGAAGGAACAACCUCUUUAGCACCUUCUCAGCCUGCUGUUCCACCACCUGAGCAAGACUUUGAGCCGGUAUCCUUCCACAAGAUAGUGGCAGGAAGUGUUGCACUCUUCUUGUCUGUUGCCAUGAUCCUCCUAGUGAUUUAUGUCUCAUGGAAGCGCUACCCAAGCAGUGUUAAGCAGCUCCAGGAGAACUCAGCUGCUGCUCACAAACGCCGAAAAAAGUCACGGGAGACUGAGCGCACACUCAGCACACCAUUGCAGGAGUACUAUGUGGACUACAAGCCUAAUAACUCGGAGGCCACCGAUGUGCUGGUCAAUGGUACUGGACCAUGCACAUACACCAUCUCAGGCUCCAGAGAAUGUGAGGUCCCUCACCAGAUGAGCACUUUGACCUUCUACAGGUACGAGCAGCCCAUAGUGGACUACUGUCAGGCACAUCAACCCCUGCGGCUUAACAUGAACUACGAGGGUCCCCCGCAAAGUCUGGAGGGCUUGGAGGAGCUUCCCCCUUGCGAGAGGAGCACAAUCCAGACCGUAGCCCUUCCUGCCGUGCCCACCGUCAACAAGGGCCCCAUGGGGCCCUGCUCCCCACCCAGCCUGAGAGCACCCGUCGAGGGGUCCAGCAUCCCUUACCCCACAACAGAACGCUCCAUUAGCUAUCCAACUACAGAACGAUCCACCAGUACUCUCACUUUUCGACGCUAA